UCUUAUAAGUCCUUAUCUCUCUCUCUCUCUCUCUCCCUCUCUCUCUCUAACAAUGGAAUAUGGGCUUCACAUCUUAUGCUCUUUUCGAUGUAUCCUUUUUGUUUUUGUUUUUGUGUUUUCAUGUUUUCGUUUGUCUUACUGUGCCAUAAUAGAACAACUGAUCAAGCCAAAAGCAGCAAAAUCAAGCGGCUGUGAUUUGUUCCAAGGAAGUUGGGUCUAUGAUGAUACAUACCCUCUCUACAACUUGUCCAUCUGUCCGUUCAUUGAGCCAGAAUUUGAUUGCCAGAGAAAUGGACGGCCAGAUAAGCUUUAUCUCAAGUAUAAAUGGAAGCCCAAUGGGUGUGAUUUGCCAAGAUUUAACGGUGAGGAUUUGUUGAGGAGAAUAAGGGGAAAGAAAAUAAUGUUUGUGGGGGACUCUCUAAGCCUGAAUCAAUGGCAGUCACUAACAUGCAUGAUUCAUGCUGCUGUGCCCAAUCGACACUUCUCCAUUCUACGGAAAGACGAUCUCUCCACCUUUACCUUACAGGAAUAUAAUAUAUCUGUGAUGAUAUCUCGAAAUGCAUUUCUAGUGGAUUUGGUGAGGGAGAAGAUAGGAAGAGUUUUAAAGCUGGAUUCCAUUGAAAAUGGCAAAUCAUGGAAAGGGGUAGACAUGCUUAUCUUCAAUACUUGGCAUUGGUGGCUUCAUAAGGGUAGCAGACAACCGUGAGUUUCUCAAUAAUCACUACAAGAA